UCAUGGCAAUAUAAAGAUGGCCCUUCUCAGCUCCCACAGAAAUUCCUUAUCUCGUCAACAUUUAGAAAACCUUCUCACCAGUCCAGAGUGACUUUCCCAGCGCCUCACUUCACUGCUGGCAGUCAUGUUUGCCACCAGGCUAUUAUGGAUGUUCGUCGUCACAAGAGCAGUAAUAGGUACAGCAGCGUACAACGGCAAUCAAUUCAUCUUUGCACGAUUCCCAGGCUAUGUCACUGUCAAUGAAGAUGCAACUGCUAAUGUCCUUUUUAUUGGACAUAUGCGGGAAGGCCGAUGCACUGUGGCAGAGAGUAACGGGACAGAUUAUCAUGUCCAGCUUAUUGGAAACAACAGUGUCACACAGUUCCAUCUACCGACAGAUAGAAAGUUUACCCUGGGUGUCGCUGUGGAGGGGGAUCGUGCAGUGGCGCUUAUUUGCACAACUGAAGUAACUCUGAGUGUCCUGCAACGAGCUGUUUCUGGCGGUAUAGCCGAUGCAUUUCCAGUCCUUCCAGUGAAGUCUCUGUCUACCAAAUACAUCGUACCAUCAGUGCCCAACAACGCUUUACUCGGAGUGGUGGCUUUCUAUAACAACACAAACGUCACUGUCCAUCUCAACUCCACCUGCUCCUACCCCUUCAGGGGGAACAUCUAUGGAAGGGGAAACCAGUUGAGUAUAACCCUGCUGCAGGGAGAAGUCCUCCAGAUUGCUUCUUCACAAAGUUCCGACACCUGCGAUCUGGGAGGGACGGUUGUAGAGAGUGGCCAAUCAAUUGCUGUGUUCUCUGGUUCUCCUCUUUUGUGCUAUGCUCAUCAGUGUGAUGGAGCUAUGAGUCAAGUUCCCCAAAUAGAGACAUGGGGGACGUCGUUCAUUGUGCCCCUGGUUCCUAACAUGGCAGAAAACCGCGUUCGAAUAACAGCAGGGUAUAAUGGUACCAAUAUCACCAUUGACACAUUCACAAGAGUUGAGUCUAUUAUUUUGAAUAAAGCAGAGAUUUACGACGAAGACAUCACUAACACAGCCACUAUAUACAUCAGAAGCUCUCAUCCCAUACUUGUCUUACAAAUAGCCGGCGACUCAACAAAUUAUCAAGUUUUUCAGGCGAUUGUUCCAGCAACUGAUGCCUAUGGCACUAACUAUCUUAUACCAGACAUUCAGACCAGUUCCAUGUCAUACACACGUCAUGUUACUAUCAUCACAAGUUCCAACUGCACGUCACAUAUAAACAUCAAUGAGAGAUGGUCAGUUCAGUCAACAGAUUCCCAGACAUUCGCCAUGGCCAGCUUCCAACCCAGCUCCGGUUCCACCACCUUUAAAAGCAAUUCAUCGGCAUGUCCUUUUGGCGUACUCGUCACUGGUUUAGGUAAUAUUGAGAUGUAUGGGUAUUUCAGUACACCAGUGGGCGGUGACAGUGAUGGAUCACUGGAAGACUCGGUUAACCUAACUUGCACUAAAGCCGACUGGGUGGUCAAAGUGAAUACUCAAGAGAUAGCCACUGUAUUCCCGACCUCUGAAAACAAGAACAUCUUCAUGUCGAACGCUUUCUGUCCAGGGGUCCUCGAGGGAGGUGUUCUUGUCUUUAAUGUCUCCUACAACGACUGCAACACAGUUAUCGAAACAAGCAACAACAACACAGUGACAUUCAGCAACUAUCUGAUUGAAUAUGAGAGGGACGCACAGACAAAUCUAGCGAGCGGCGCACUGUGGCGCUACAACCUGGCAUGUGUCCUUCAAAAACACGAAAUUGAUGUCAAGCCUUUCCUUCCCGUUGACCAUGCCGAAAUCACCGUUCAGGCAACAAGCAAGAUUCAAGGUCACGAGGCUGUCAUGAAGUUUUAUACAGAUGACACCUACACAAACGAGGUGAAAGGGAAUCCACUCAAGGUCGAUCUUGGGACACGUGUCUACGUACAGGUACAGACCAGUGUUCCUGCCGAUGUCAAACUGCUGGUGGAUAACUGCUACAUCAGUACGGACAUCCCGAAUGGAAACUCUACUCGAGUGACCAUUAUACACAACAGGUGUGAAGCCAACCAUUUCACACACAUCGUUGGACAUGUUUACAAGUUGACCCGUUUCUACUUUGACGUCUUUGAAAUGCCCCAUCACCAUGACAACUUGUACGUCGCAUGUGACGUCAGCUUCUGUCCACUCAUGGACUUUGCUCCAGAAUGCCAAAGCGGAUGCCUCAGCACACAUCUGUAGCUGGGAGUACCGAUUACGCAAAAUAAAGAAGAACGCUUAAUACUGGAUUUCAUGUAAUACUCUAAUGCUGCAAUUUUGCACUUAUAACCAAAUUUUAAGGCAAGUAAGAUAAAUUAGUCUUGAUUAAUAAAUCAAUCACAGCACACAUUCUUCUGUAUGUGACUUGCAAAGUGAUCAAAUUUUUCGAACUUGCUUUUGAUAUCAAGUUAGAAGCUAAUAAUACUUGGUAAUAGGAAGAAGAAGAAAUUUGAUAGAAAAUAAAUCAAUCAGUUUAUCGAUUUCGGCACAAAGUCUUCUGUAUGUGACAUGUAAUGUGACAUUUAUGUUGGAGAUUUGGAUUUAUGUGUAAUGUGUAAUACAAAGAAUAUUAUUCAUUCUCAAUCAUUUGAGACACAAAAUGCUUGUGUGUGCAAUGUUAUGUAAUCUCAAUGUUUUCAUUUUUUUGCAAAUAUUACCAACGUUUAAGGCACACUUGAAAGAGAUUGAUUUGGAAGAGAUUCCAUUGAAUUUGAUUGGCUAACGAAGCAAUAUUUUGCGUUUAUGUCUACAUAAACCGUAAAAAAAAAGGUAGAUCACGUGUAUUAGCAGAUGACUGUUUCUUAAUUGGAUGAUAAAAGGGAGAGAGGGGCUUGGGUUGCAUUAUUUCGCUGAACGAUGUAACUGAUUGUUGGCCACAUGCUUUGUGUUAAUGAAUAAAUAAGCUGUCUGGGAAA